CCCAAGGACUCUCCCCCUCCAGGUCCUGUUCAUUUUUUAACCGGGUUUGGAUCUGAAUCAAAUGAUGCUUGCCCUAGGUGUAUCUCUCCGUCAAUCACCCGGGAUUUAUCGAGCGCUUAGUGGGCGCAGAGCGCUGUACUAAGCGCUUGGGAGAGGACCCCGCGAGAGAGUCGGUCGACACGUUCGUGCCCAUAACGAGCUUCCUUGUCGACUUCUCUCCCCCGUGCUCCGUGCGGUGCUUUGAACACAGUCGUGUCUUUUGAUUUCAGAAUUUUCGUCGGCGGCACAUUUGGGAACUGAAGUGCUCCCGAUAUGGCCGAAGUUGAACAAACUCCUACCCUAACACCCGAGGCGGUCGGCGAUGAGCCCCAAAAGGCUGCCGACCGAAGUGGAAAGAGCAGCUCCGAACAACUCGUCGUUACGAUUGGAGCCACGGUGCCAACCGGCUUCGAAGCGACGGCUGCAGAUGAAGUGAGAGAGAAACUGGCUUCUCGGGCCAAAAUCAGCAAAGAAAGGGGCAAGAUCUACUUUGAAAUUUCAAUAGAGUACCUGGCCCAGGUUCAUUCUCUGAGAUCAGUUGAUAAUUUAUUUGUUGUCGUUCAAGAAUUUAGAGAUUACCAGUUCAAAGAGACCAAGGAAGACACUUUAAAGGAUUUUAAAGAGUUAGCUGGAAAGCUUCCUUGGUCCGAUCCCUUAAAAGUAUGGGAAAGAAACAUCAACUAUAAGAAGAAAAAGACAAUUCGCAAAAAACCUCAACAACACACCCCAAGCCAAGAAAAGGAGGCCAAGAGUCAAGGAGGCCCAAUCAUCAAAAAAGGUACUGAGGAAGAGCUCAGUCAGUUCACAGAAAACUUGGUCUUAUAUUCGGGUGAAAGCCAGAGCAAGAUUCCGGAGGAAAGUCCAUCAGCUAAUAAAGAUGAAGGGCCAAAUACCUCUGAAAAAGAAAAAAAAGUUGAUGAGACUCAGAAAGAAGAAGCUAAAACCAAAGUGCUCAAGUUUCGAGUCACGUGUAACCGAGCAGGAGACAAGCAUAAUUUUACAUCUAAUGAGGCAGCGAGAGAUUUUGGAGGUGCUGUGCAAGAUUAUUUCAAUUGGAAGGCUGACAUGACCAACUUUGAUGUGGAGGUUCUUUUGAAUAUCCACCAGAGCGAAAUAAUUGUAGGAAUCGCAUUAACUGAAGAGAGCCUCCACCGAAGAAAUAUCAUCGAAUUUGGGCCCACUACUCUCCGAUCCACCCUUGCCUAUGGAAUGCUCAGGCUGUGCUCUCCUCAACUCGGUGAUGUAAUAGUGGAUCCAAUGUGUGGAUCAGGUGCCAUAUCAAUAGAGGGAAUCUGUGAGUGGCCUAACUGCUAUCAUAUUGCUGGUGAUAAUAAUCCCUUGGCUGUGAAGAGAGCAUCAAGUAACAUUUGGUCUUUGAUGACAAGGAACUCAACUAAAGAAAGGAAACCUACCAUUGGACUGCCUGUUGAUAGCAUCCAGUGGGAUAUCUGCAAUUUGCCUUUGAGGACUAGUUCAGUGGAUAUUAUUGUCUCCGAUAUGCCUUUUGGGAAAAGGAUUGGAUCAAGAAAAAAAAACUGGGACCUCUAUCCAUUUUGUCUCCAAGAAAUGAGCCGUGUCUGCAAGCCUGGGACAGGCCGGGCUGUACUACUUACUCAGGACCGAAAAUGCUUCAUCAAGGCAUUAUCGAAAAUGUGUGACGUGUGGAGAAAGGUCCAGACUGCCUGGGUGAAUAUAGGAGGACUUCAUGCUGCAGUUUACCUUCUGAAAAGAACCCCUCAGGUUUUCAUUCAACCAGGAGAGCGAGAAAAAGGAAUCGCCUUGUAAUGUGAAAGAUCAAGACACCUUAGGGCCAGCUAAUCUUUUCACCUCAGGAAGUGCCUGAAUAGUAAGAAAUAGGUGUAAAAUGCAGAAAAGCACCAUCAGAUUGAUUGGCAUAGGGUCUUAAUUGGUCUGAGGAUCUUUGUUGAAGACAAAAAUAAGGUUUAAAGUUUCAGCUAAGGUUUAAAUGUAACGUGGUGGGAUUGCAGUCUUCUGGAAAGCAGGUUUUCCAAAUUUUUGGAAACACUUCUGAGUUUCUCAUGAACAUUCCCCAGCAAAAUGCCUGGCAUUUUGUAUAUCUGCUCAAAAGACCAUUGAAAACUUUCUGUGAGGUUUGUUUGGAGACCUUACUGUGAUAAAGGUACUAUCUUCAGGUCAGGGUGUUGGUUUGGGCAUGAGAAGAUGUUUAUUGGAAUGAGUACAAACACCCUUAGAGGCCAAAGUCACUGUAAUGCUUCCAUUUGUUUGUUAGGGGGACAUGGAUCUUGCUCUCUUUUUUGCUCAUGUUCCCACUGGUUAAUCAAUUGGAAUACAGUUGAAGUUUCUGGUUUUAUGCAUUCCAAGGAUAUACCACAGGGAGAGAGGGAGGAACAUAGAGAUGUUUAGAAAAAUCUUCCAUCUGUCUUACAAAAUGAAACCAGUUUAUCUUUCUGAAUAAUGUCAACAGAGACAAACAUAGUGUCCAUUUCCACGAUGGUCGAUGCCUGUUUUGGAAAGCUAGAAUUGAAUAACAGAAGCAGUCAUUCACCUAAUGCACAAGAUACAGCAGGAAGAAGGGUGUGGCAGGAUGGCUGAAUCUGAGCAGCCUAGUGGAGGGAAGAUGGAAGUGAUCAUAAAUACGACUCAAGUACACCAUUGAUAAUGUUAUGUGGAGUUACAGAAAGCAUCUCUUGGACUCCAUUUAAGGAUUAACAAGAAAGAUGAGCUCUGUUAACAUUCUAGAGGUUUAAACAAAACAAUAAUCAGGAUUCUUUGAUUUGGCUGCUUUUUCAUUCAUUCAUUCAUUCAAUAGUAUUUAUUGAGCGCUUACUAUGUGCAGAGCACUGUACUAAGCGCUUGGGAUGAACAAGUCGGCAACAGAUAGAGACAGUCCCUGCCGUUUGAUGGGCUUACAGUCUAAUCGGGGGAGACGGACAGACAAGAACAGUGGCACUAAACAGCGUCAAGGGGAAGAACAUCUCAUAAAAACAAUGGCAACUAAAUAGAAUCAAGGCGAUGUACAAUUCAUUAACAAAAUAAAUAGGGUAACGAAAAUAUAUACAGUAUAUGCUUUUUCCUCUUCGAGAAGUUCAUUUCAUUCUUUAUUGAAUAAUUUAAUCAUAGAAAAAUUGAAAUCAUAGGAACAUAUACAUUUUAUGGAUAGGGGCCAUUUAAAGGUUCAUCAGAUGAAAUCCUUUAACUGACAUAAACGGUUGCUCUCCUGAGAUACAAGAGCAAACAGUCAAGUGUUAUUAAACCUCAGAAGUUUCCUGUGGCACUUCAGUUGGAUUUUCAGUGCUACCUUAUAUUGUUUCACUUUGUUUUGGGUGUCUUCUUUUUAAUUGUCAUAUUAAAAGAAAAAGCACAGCACUACUACAUUUUGAAAAAAAUUAGAAUAUUAAUUUCAUGCCAAUAAUCAUAAUUUGCUCCUCUCUGUAGCACUGCCCCAUCACGUGUUUGAAUUGGAAAUAAAGUUGGUAUUUCUGAAAUCA